AUGGCCCGGCUCGCAACCUCUGAUGAUGAGAGUGAGUCGAGAACCGCCGCUCUUGGCGUGAAGCGUGAAGCGAGACAAAAAGGUCAAGUCAACUCUGCACCUUUUCUUUCAACUGAUUCUUCAAUCUCGUCUCAAUCUUCCCUCAUGGGCAAUGCAGCCUCGCAGCAGGCGGCUCCGGUGGCAGGAACUCCAGACCAAGAGCGUCUAGAAGACACUGCGCCGUUGACUGGCGAUGCUGUCGGCACAAUGACCUCUACCUCCACAGGCUUUGGAAACAACAGACUCGCUACAGGCUUCCGCGCUGCGCCCCUUCCACCUGCUCCUGACGAGCCGCAGCCCGGUAUCAGCGAAAGUGACGGCCAAUUGGACCCUGCGAUACCGUCAGGAGAUUCUAUGGACGAUGCAAUCGAGAUUUCUGACAACGAGCAAGAUGAGUCCGAUGAUGGCGGCAUGGUCAUUAACAUUGACCGUACCCAACAUCAUUCGUUCUCUGAUGACAUGGUUCUCGAUUACGACGAGAUGGAAACAAAGGAUGGAGAAGAGGAGGAGGAGGAGGAGGGGGAAGAAGACGACGAAGGGGAAGAAGAAGGAGAAACAUAUUCAGAGGGAGAUACAGAGUCCCAGUCGUCUACAAGAGAGGAGAGACAACCCCUCUCUUCUGCCGAGUGGGAUGCUCACGACCAAUUACAGGGCGACCUCGAGAGAUUUUCCCGCACCGUCUCCGGUCAACUUCCCACGCAUCCCACAGCGACCCCGGCUCAAGUACAAUCGGGCCCGUACCUUGCAGAUCUGAGCCCGGAAGAGCUGGAGCUUCAGCUGAAGUACGCCUUCUUCCACGUCAGUCGCCGCGAUAUCGACCUCAAUCAGCCUGCUGUGUGCCUGAGCUGUCUCCAAGCCGGCCACGCCGAGCGAGAUUGUCCCGAAUUGACAUGCAUUCACUGCUCAGCCAGCCACUCUAGCCGCUUUUGCCCUCUGCUCCAGAGGUGCUCGAAAUGCCGUGAGCGUGGACACGCUGCUGAGUCUUGCCCCACAGGCUUGAAAGUCACUACGGGAUCUUGUGACAUCUGUGGUACCCCGGGCCAUGUGGAACCGACAUGUCCUCAGCGAUUCUUACCAUCUUUCGGGACGCCUCACAUUGGUCCUACCAAGCUCUGGAUCUCUUGCUGCAUCUGCGCAAGUAAAUCCCAUCUCGUGGGUGACUGUCCCCGGGCCAACCAAGCCGCAGCGGCGAGAUGGUCGUUAAAGUCAUAUGCUCCGGAACAGAUUAUCAAUCUAAGUCUCGAGCCGGGUACAAAGCAGAGAGAAAAAGAAACGGCCAACCAUGGUUUACGGCCAGCAGGGCUCAAGAUUAGAGGUCGUGCCGCCCUUCACAGUGCGCGCAGCCCCAGUGGCAGACAGCAAAUAGACAACUCCGACAGCGACGAGCAGUUCCUCAAACCACGAGUUCAGGACCGUGGAACAAAGCGUGGCAAUUUUACGAUCGCAACGCAGACAUCGAAUGGGAGCGUGUUACCUAGCGCGAAACCGAAGAAGGUGGUGCUUACGGAUUUCCUCAACGCGGUAAACAACCAAAGGCAGGCUGGCAGAGGGCGGUUUGAGCUGGUUUACGGCGACCGCGGACCGUGGAGAUCCACAAAACUCGAGGGUAAUCAACGGCAAUGCGAGGCAGAUCGAGGUGAUCCAGAACUGGUCGAGGAAACAGCAGGCGUUCACCGAGACAUGGCCUUCAGACCAGCACCGCGACAAGCUGCUUCAGCGAAUUCCAACCGCACCUUCUCCACUUGGUUCAGCGGAAGGCCAUCCUCAAACCAACAACAACAUCAAGCAGCCACUGAGCACCGAUAUCCGACCAGGUCCCAGGUGCAAAGAGCAGCAGCAGCAGGGAGAGCCGACGACGCAUAA